AUGCCACCAAGUGGUUCACAAGGUCCAAGAAAGAAACUAGCACAUUCAGUACCCAAGUUUUAUGGUUGUUAUUUACUAAGAUCAAUACCCAAACAGAAUUCAUUUUAUAUAGGAUCCACACCAGAUCCAGUUAGAAGACUACGGCAACAUAAUGGUGAACUAAAAGCUGGUGCUUACAAAACCAAAAGAAAAGGCUUCAGACCUUGGGAGAUGAUUAUGAUUGUUCAUGGAUUUCCUAAUAAGAUAGCUGCUUUACAAGUAACAAGAAUUACAACAUCUAAAACAGCUGGUAGAUCCGUUCAUCACAAAUUGGGUAAUGUUAGAUUGUUAUUAAAUGCUCCCUUUUUCAAUAGAAUGAACCUCAAAGUUCAAAUAUUCAAUUCAGAAACUUAUAAAAUAUGGUGUACAAACAAAUUUGGUAUCAACUUAUCAAACCAAUUAAUUCAUAUUGAUUACAAUAACAUUCAAGAAACAGAUGAAGACUUGAAUAUAGAGAGUGUGGUGAACUUUAAACAGGCACAGAUAGAAAAUGAUCAAAAACUUUUAACAAAAUUUAAAGAAAUGUUACAAUAUGGUGAAAAAUCAUGUAUUGUUUGUGAUAAAACCAUAGAUUAUAUUAAGACCGAUACUGAUUAUCCAUUAGUUGGAAUAUGUUACCAUGAUUCUUGUGAUCAUAUCUCGCACCUUUCUUGUUUAACCACAUAUUUUAGAGAGCAAGAAACAGAAAUAGAUGAAAAAACUGCAGAUGAAAUAGCCUUACAAAGAUUAUCACAAAGGAUUAAAAUUUCAGAAAUUACCAAAUUACCAAAAGGGAAUUUAAUACCACAAAAGGCUAAAUGUCCUUCUUGUGAUAAGACUUUAAUUUGGUCAAGUUUGGUUAGAUAUUCUACUAUGAUUAGGUUAGUUAUUGGUUAUGAUGGGAAAGAGCCAAUUACAGAGUUAGAAGAACUUGAAGGAGAAGUUAAUGACAAAUAUGACGAUGAAGCAGAAUUAGAACUUACACAGUAG